CGACUCUCCUCACCCACCACCAAACGUCUCUUCACAAACUAACUCAGAACUUUCUCCAUCACAACCGCCAGAAUGGGUGUCACCAAGGAACUCAUCUCCGCCGGCGACGGCCAGACUCGUGCCCAGAAGGGCGACACCAUCACCAUGGAGUACACCGGUACCCUCGAGUCCGGCAAGCAAUUCGACUCCUCCGUCGGUCGCGGCGACUUCAAGACCAAGAUCGGCGUCGGCCAGGUCAUCAAGGGCUGGGACGAGGGCGUCCUCUCCACCGAAGGCGGCAUGACGCUCGGCGAGAAGGCUAGGUUAACCAUCACUGGUGACUACGCGUACGGACAGCAGGGCUACCCGGGUCUCAUCCCGCCGAAUGCUACUCUCAUCUUCGAUGUCCAGCUCAAGGCCAUCAACGGCAAGACGGCCUAGAUCGGCUCUUCUUCAGCCACGGUCGAGGUCACGAUGUCAUGACAAUCGUCGAGCAUAUGAGAUGCAGGCCACCAGUUUGAACUGCGAGCAGUCGUCAUAGCGUAGCAUUAUGCACUCUCGCUCUUUCGGCAUUGUCCAG